UAGGUCUUUUAUUGUCUCUAAACACAAUUAUCACAACUGUUUUAUUUGAUUCUAUAAAAAGGUUGGAACUUGAUGCUUGCUUUGGUUCUCUUUAGUUACUUUAAAUUCUUCAUUCUUCCCAAUUCAAGCAAAAACAGCAUUUGAUACCUCUUUCACUUUGAGUGUACUAUCUCUCUUCCCUUAUCUACCUGGUUUGGUUUACUGUAACAUGUAAAACUCCCACCGAACAAUUUGAUUCUUGUUUUGUACUCUUUCCGAAGGGAACCACAAUCUUGGAGUAUCUCAAAACAGGGUUUGUCCCUCAGUCUUCCUUCAAUUUAUUAAUUCCCCAAAUCAUUGCUUCUCUGAUCCUACCAACUUGAUCAUAUCCAAUGAGGCUGUGUCAGUUUCCUUCAUUUUAAAUUCAAAUUCAAAGUUCUCUGAUCUCACAAGCUUUGCAUUCAUCUGAGUUUUUGUCUUUCAAAGGUCAAGUCUUUCUUUCCUCUCUCUCUCUCUCUCUCUUGAAGCUUGAAGAGAUUGGUUAUGAGAUGAGACAGUGACUUUGCUCUCUUUCACACUCUUAAAAGCGAAUCUCCUUUUUUUUUUUUUUUACUUUUUUCUUCCCUUUGUUAAGCUCCUGUGAGCUGUAACUUAGCUAAAUCCAUUGCUCAUUACCACUUUAUGCUCUGAAAGAAAGUUCUCAGCUUUCUUUUGUCUAUUGUUGUUCUCUUUAGUUACUUUCUUCGUUUGACUUGUGUACGAAUAAGCAUUUAUCCUAAGAGAGUUAUCUUUCCUUAACUUGCAAAGAAGCAAACUUUGUUUAGAGGGUUUGAAUCAAGAGGAAAUGGGUGGAGAGAGCAAUGAAGGUGAGAUGGGGUUAAACCAUGGAGAUGAUCAAAGUGGGAUCUCAAGAGUUGGAAUGCCUUUGUAUGCAAAGUCAGAUCCUUUCUUCUCUUCUACAGAUUGGGAUCCAGCUGUCAAUGUUGGUGGCUUCUCUAGCUCUCACUAUCCCUCAUUGGCUAUGGACAACCCAGGGAUGAGUUGCUUCCCUCAUUACCACCAAACCGGUUCUGGUUCUGGCUAUCCUGACAUGCCUGCUAGUCUUCUUCCUUUUGGUGAUUGUGGAGGUGGUGGUGGUCAUUUUCUUGGUUCAGACAAGAAAGGGGAAAGUGUUGGAAGAUUGGUCAUAGCUGGAGAUGGUCACCAGGUUUCAGAUGAUGUUGUUCUUGGUGGUUCCUCAAACAGAAAAAGAAGGCAACCAGAAGCCGAAUCACAAUGGAACAAGAAAGCUGUGGAGGAAUUUCAAGAAGACCCUCAGAGCCAGAAGAAACAGAAAAAUGAUCAGAGUAAAGAGAAGAUGAACAAAGAGAGCUCACAGAGUGAUGAAGCACCUAAAGAAAACUACAUUCAUAUGAGGGCAAGAAGAGGUCAAGCCACUAAUAGUCACAGUCUUGCAGAAAGGGUUAGAAGAGAAAAGAUCAGUGAAAGGAUGAGACUGCUUCAAGAGCUUGUUCCUGGAUGUAACAAGAUCACUGGGAAAGCGGUUAUGCUUGAUGAAAUCAUCAACUAUGUUCAGUCUUUACAACAGCAGGUUGAGUUUUUGUCUAUGAAACUCUCGACGGUGAAUCCAGAACUCAACAUUGAUAUAGACAGGCUUCUUGCUAAAGAUCUUCUGCAGUCAAGAGACAGGAACACUCCUACGCUCGGUCUCAAUCCUUUCGCCCGUUUUCAAGGGACGAUACCGAACAUUUCUACCACCACAGCUCCACAAUACAACUCAUUACCUCAGACAACACUAGAGAGUGAACUACAAAGCCUCUACCAAAUGGGGUUCGUCUCAAAUCCAUCUACUAUGUCUAGUUUCUCACCUAAUAAUGGUCCAUUGAAACCAGAGUUCUAGUACUUUCAAGGAUGAGUUCAAAGGAAAAUUUGAAGAGAGAAAGAGUUUGUAUAGAAGAAAGGCUUUUGGCCUUAAGUAUCAUAUCUGUUCUUCCAUGUUAUUAUUCUUUCUUAAAAAAAAAACAAGAAUGAUUUGGAUUCUCAGUUGUUUUUUUUUUCUUUCUCAACCAAGAAUGCAUUUAUUAAAAUAUGGAAUCAGAAUACAUUGUUUUUACAUUAUCCAAGUGAAUAUUGACAAUAUAUUAAUAUUUUAUUUUAUUAUA